AUGGCGGACCUUCCGCGGUACUUAUUACUCUCACAGGAACUUGGCUUUGAGGGUGUGGAUAAGUUUGCGACUCACUUCCACGAUCCUGUAGUUGGCUACGUGGGCAAGCACAAGCCCUUUUCGUCGCAUGCCAAAAAGAAGCACGACACCGGACCGUCGGCUGGUCGCCAACAGAAAGAACGGCAAAGGGAACUUCCCGAGGAAGAGAAACCUCCUCCGCGUAAAGACUCGCCUCAAGUACGGGACGAUCUUCAACAGCCCUAUCUCCCUCCACAUCCGCAGUGGCAAGUCCCUCCGCCGCCGCCAGGAGCGCCGCCCGCAGGACUACCCUACCCAGGAGGACUACCACCUGCAAUACCAUACCCAAGGCCCCAACCCACAGGGCUUGCGCCUUCUGCAUUUCAACCACCGCGAGGACAACUGCCGCGCCAACGCUCCUAUUCUGAGCCACGCGGCGAGCGGUACGAUGGCAGAGCAGUGCCGGACGAUAUAGGCGAAAUUGACUCAGAUUCCGACAUUGAGCGAGGACCCAAGAGCAUGUACUCAGACUACGCACCUGACCGCAGAAGAGAAGGUCGACGGAGAGACGACGAUAAGUAUGGGAGGACUGUCGAAGAUCGCGAGUACUAUGGGCCCAGCGCAACAGUUCAGCAGAUGGCAGUGCGCACGAGAGGUGCUAACAGACACCAAGGAGGAGCACUUGUGGUAAGUACUUGUAGCACACAUCUGCGUUGA